AACCCCGACUGGCUCUCACCGCUCUCUAGGUGCAGUUACCGUUUGGGGAUCGCUCUCUUCUGCCGCUAACAUGCCUUUCAUUGAGUUGGAAACAAACUUGCCGGCUAGUCGCAUACCCGAGGGGCUGGAGAGCCGUCUGUGUGCGGCCGCAGCCACCAUCCUGGACAAACCCGAAGACCGCGUGAGCGUUAUGAUACGACCUGGCGUGACCUUGUUGAUGAACAAAUCCACAGAACCCUGCGCCCACCUUCGGGUUUCUUCCAUCGGUGUUGUGGGCACCGCGGAGCAGAACCGCGGCCACAGCUCUGGCUUCUUCAAGUUCCUCACCGAGGAGCUGUCUCUGAACCAGGACCGAAUCAUCAUCCGAUUCUUCCCCGUGGAGCCCUGGCAGAUUGGAAAGAAUGGAACUGUCGUGACAUUUCUGUGAUGGAAACAAAGAACCCAGGGCGUUUGCUUGAGCCUGUCCGGAGCCCUUCCAGAGAGGCCUCCUGGCAGAAUUGUGGCCUGGUAGAUACCACGCCAAGUCCCCCUUUUACAUAAAUAUCUGUGACUUCACUGGUCUUUUUUUCUCUUCCCCAGCCUCAUGAAUAGUAAAGGAGAAUAAAUAAAUGAAGAGAGCAUAAUUCAAA